ACUCGAGUCAAACUAUUCAAAGUUUUGAUGUUUGAGGUUAUACCAAGAAACUUGUAAAACGUCAUUAAUUUAUUGCUUGAGCCUGCUCAAACUGCAAAUUUUUGUGAUAACUCAAAUAUUUCACAAAAUUAAAAAUAUAACAUUGCUGUCUUCGUUUCCUUAAAAGGAUAAAAAACAUUUGAUGUCACUUAUCUCAAAAAUCGCAAAUUAAUCAAUCAUGAAUAAUAAAGUAUAUUUAGGAGAAUUUUCAGUUUUCAGCUGAUUCCAUCAUUUUAUUACCAAAUAAUUAUGUUAAAAAUAGAUUUUACCUCAUCAGUUCUGUAACCCCGCCCCUGAGUAAGUUGAAAACUCACAUUAUAACGCAUGACCUCGCUUAUAAAAUAUGUGUAAAUGUGCUUAUUUCGAAGUAUCUCCUCAUUAAAAGAAAAAUAAAACGUUGCUUUUCUGUCAAAGAGUCGUAAAAGAUGGAUAAACCUAUUGUCAAUCCGCAAUUGCCUUUCUCGGGUGUCAUACCUGGGGGGCUACAACAAGGCAAAAUGGUUCGAAUCCAAGGGGCUGUGCCCCAACAUGGCGACAGAUUCAAUAUUAAUUUCCAAACCGGCCCUAACAGCAAGCCUAGAGACGACACCGGUCUCCACAUCUCUGUCCGUCUUAAACAGGGGUACAUCGCCCGAAACUCCUACAUUGGGGGCGCUUGGGGCGAUGAAGACGGCAAAGGGCGCCUCCCCAUAGGCCCCGGCCAACAAUUCGAAAUUCUCAUCUUACCCGACGUUCACGAUUACAAAGUUGCCGUCAAUGGGCAACACUUUUGCGAAUUUCCCUAUCGCAUUCCCCGAGAUCAAAUUUCUCAUUUGUUGAUCGAUGGGGAUGUUGUCAUUACGCUGAUUUCGUGGGAGAGUACCACUGCGUCAGCCCCUCCACCUGAAGGGGGUGAUGUUGCAAAACAAGUUUCGGGGGUUCAGAAUCAGGGUAGUCCUCAGGGGCCUCCGGGAGGUGGGUAUGGGCCUCCGCCGCAAGGCUUUGGCGGACCUCAGGGGUAUGGACCUCCACCAGGCGGAUAUGGACCACCCUCUCAGGGGUAUGGGCCACCGCCGCAAGGGUUUGGACCGCAGGGCCCUCAGGGGUUCGGACCCCCGCCACCGCCAGGGCAAGAGUCUCAAUCCGGUUUCGACCACUUUAUGCAAUCAGCACAAUCAGUUCUUGCUGAAGCAAUAGCAAGCGGUGCUGCUGAAAAACUAUUAAGUGGUAUUUUGAGUCCGAAUCAGAAUCAAGGCUUCUCUCCCCAGAAUGCACAAUACGGUCAGUAUCCUCAUGGUCCCCCUCCACAGCAAAGAUCUCAGGAUCAGCGCGGUUUUAACACGCCUCAGGUCGGGGGUGAAGGCUCGGUUGGGGGGUUUGGAAGUGUUGGUUCGUUUCUUAGUAAUCUGGCAAGGGAUGUGCUUCAGCCUCAGCAGCCCCAGGGUGGGCAAAACCAGUAUGGACAUCGUGGCCAGUUUUAAACAGUUUUAAUUAUUGUGGGUUGCUUUAUAUGGGUUGUGUCUUUAAAUUUGUUUAUGUUUGUCUAAAAUUCUUGUGUGUGGUUUGUUUAUUAAGUAAGUUACGUACAACUUAUAGCAUGACAAUUUUUUAAAUUAAGCAUUGUUGGUUAAGUAGGUAGUUGUUUUUAUAUUCCCUUGUUUUUUAACAUAAAAAUAUAGCGGUGAAUUUUCUUUUUUUUUUGCACAGCUAAUUAUGUACAUUUUUGUUAGAGAUUUCUAUAGGUAUGUUGAAAAUCAUAGGAUUGUUUUGUUGAAUCAAGUGAUUUUUUUAAGUUUACUUAUCUACAAUGUACGAAUGUUUUUUUAAACCUACAACCGCUUGUUUGUAGUUGUAGUAUUGUAGUUGUUGUAGAUAGUAACAUUAGUAGCAAGGUGCAACCAUUAUACUAAUACUCUAUAGUUAAGCUAAUAGUGCCUUUUGAUUAAAUAAUUAAAAUACUUAUGUAUAAAUUUUCAAAAUAACAGUAGAUGCAACUUUCUUCCAUUUUGUAAAUUAUUUGCAAAGCAUAUCUCAGGGAAAAGUCUUGACAGUAUGGUGCUUUAUUAGUUUUUAUUAUUUUUUUAUUUACAGGGUGAUUCUUAAAUAGAAAUUAAAUAAAACGACAAAAUUUUAUCCUUGGUAGUAUGAGUACAUGCUGGAAAAAAUAGUAAUAAAUUCUUUGUUCAACUGUUUUCGAAAUAAAGUUUCAUUACAGUUA